AUGUUGAAAGGGUCGAAUUCCGAUCUGUUUGACCCGAGAACGGAGAUGGACUCCGAUUUUACGCGUGGAGGUUCAGCUUCCGAUGGAGAUUUCGGGUUUGCCUUUAAUGAUAGUAAUUUCUCUGACCGGCUUCUUCGGAUCGAGAUCAUGGGCGGCUCGGCUGAGAAUAGAGCCGAUGGUGAAGGGUGUACUAGUAUUAUUGAUUGGGCCAGGCAUCGUAAGAGGAGGAGAGAAGAUAUCAAGAAGGAUACUAAUAAUGGUGAUCUAUCUGUAGGUGCGGAGGAGCAGAUUUUAGGUAUUAACCAACCUGACAUGGAUGAUUGUGUGGGGUGUGACAAUCAAGAUGAGGAAGGAGAGGCAAUGGUUGAAGGGUCACCUUCAGGAGAUGAAGUGGGAGAUGGUGAUGAGUCAUCUUGGAGCAUGGAUUGUUCUACAGUUGUGAGAGUUAAAACAUUGCACAUCAGCUCUCCUAUUUUAGCUGCCAAAAGUCCAUUUUUCUAUAAGCUCUUCUCAAAUGGAAUGAGGGAGUCAGAACAGCGGCAUGUGACACUACGCAUCAAUGCCUCUGAGGAAGCUGCCCUUAUGGAGUUACUGAAUUUUAUGUACAGCAAUACUCUAACUGCUUCUCAGGCUCCCCAAUUGCUUGAUGUGCUAAUGGCUGCUGACAAGUUUGAGGUUGCUUCCUGCAUGAGGUACUGCAGCCGACAGUUGCGUAACCUAUCCAUGACACCAGAGUCUGCUUUGCUUUAUCUGGAGCUCCCAUCCAGUGUCUUGAUGGCUGAAGCUGUCCAGCCAUUGACUGAUGCAGCAAAGCAAUACCUUGCAGCCCGUUACAAGGACAUGAGCAAGUUCCAAGAAGAGGUAAUGGCCCUGCCCUUGGCUGGAAUUGAGGCAAUAUUGUCCAGUGAUGACCUGCAGGUGGCUUCAGAAGAUGCGGUAUAUGAUUUUGUGUUGAAGUGGGCUAGGGCUCAGUUUCCAAGAUUGGAGGAGCGGCGCGAAGUCCUGGGUGCACGCUUAGCACGCUACAUUCGCUUCCCUUACAUGACUUGCCGUAAGCUUAAGAAGGUUUUAACUUGUACCGACUUUGAUCAUGAUGCUGCAUCCAAGCUUGUGCUCGAGGCUCUCUUUUUUAAGGGUGAGCCGCCACAUCGGCAGCGAACCCUGGCAGCAGAGGAAUCGGCCACCUUGAAUCGUCGUUUUGUGGAGCGUGCAUAUAAGUAUCGGCCUGUUAAAGUAGUAGAGUUCGAACUACCCAGGCAGCAGUGUGUGGUAUACCUGGACCUGAAGCGGGAGGAAUGUGCAAAUCUGUUCCCUUCUGGACGGGUAUAUUCUCAGGCAUUCCACCUUGGUGGACAAGGGUUUUUCUUGUCAGCACAUUGCAACAUGGACCAGCAAAGCUCUUUCCAUUGCUUUGGGUUGUUUCUGGGGAUGCAGGAGAAGGGGUCAGUUAGUUUUGCUGUCGACUAUGAAUUUGCAGCAAGGUCAAAGCCAACAGUGGAUUUUGUUAGCAAAUACAAUGGAAAUUACACAUUCACCGGUGGCAAGGCAGUUGGGUACCGAAACUUAUUUGCCUUAGCAUGGACUUCCUUCAUGGCUGAGGACAGUCCUUAUUUCAUAAACGGCGUCUUGCAUCUUAGAGCAGAGCUUACCAUCAGACACUAG